GGAAGUAGCGGUAUGGACUGCGUAUAUUUUACUCUCCCCAGACCCCACUUGGUGGGUAUUCACUGGCUUUGUUGUUGUUGUUGAAAACUUGAAGAAUCCAUUUCCAAAUUCAUGGUUAAAUUCAAUAUGUUUUGACUGUCGAAAUUCAAACUGUGACACAUAAAUUGAGACAAUGUGAGUAAAGUUUAUGCAUUUUUGCAUCAUUGUUUAGUGAGUAAAGCAUCUAGUACCCCUGAACUAUGAACAAAUUUGUUACGACGCGUUCUAACUUCACGCGGUUCUAUUACUCUGAACUAAGUUUUAGCAUAUUUUUGUCUAUCCUUUUUAGCUGACAUGGGCUCCAUUUUAUGUAAUAAAGGUACCACAUCAGUACAAAAGAGUGAUAAAUUACGCUAAAAUUGAGUCAGGAUAAUAAGACUCCUAUGAAGUUGGAGUGUGUCGUAGGCCAUAGUUCGGGAGUGUUCCAAAUUGAUUCACAGUGAACAAGAAAGGAUGAGUGGGGUUCUUGAUUUCUUCUUAGGAUACUCUUUACCAAGAAUAUCAGAUUUCCACUAUGGUUGUACAAAAAGAUUUCAAGAUUUGCCACAAAUUAGACUGUGUUUGUCUUAUGGGAAAUGUUCUGUUGUCCAAAAAUGUAAAAAGGCUCAAUUUUUACUGAAAGCUUUAAACUUGGAUCUGGCUGAUCAUGUUGAUUUACAUUCGUUUCGAGAGGAGUGUGCUGUCCGUUCUUCUUACCCAAACAAGAAUCCACUUUUGGCUGAAGCUUGUGAUGGGAGAGAUUCAGAUAUCCUACCUCACGUGCAAACCCUUAAGAAUUUCCCAGCCGAGGAGCUAAUUGGAAAAGUUGUCAUGGUUAGAUUGGAUGUGACCGUCCUGCUAAGGGAGCAGAAGAAACAACAGUCUCCAGUAGCACGUGUAAUUUCAACCAUCAAGUAUCUACACAAAGCCGGGGCAAAAUUAAUUCUAAUAAGUAGCUGGAGUCUGAGAGCGAACUUGCAGCUUCUCAAAUUGGAAUAUGUUGCAGAAUUUCUGUCGUCGGAACUUGAACUAAAAGUCAUACCAGUAGAACUUGGUUCUGGAUUGGAGCAGUACGUGUUGGAAGACAGACAUAAAUCUGACAUCCUUCUUCUUGAGAACCUUUCUCAGUUUAAGCAGGAGCAAGCCAAUUGUUCAGAGUUUGCACGACGCCUAUCAUCUGGUGUGGAUAUCUUUGUUAAUGAUGCAUUUUUCCAAUCACAUAAGAUUCUUGCAUCAAAUGUUGGUAUUACCGGUUUCUGCUAUGCCUCCAUUGCCGGAUUUCACUUUGAGGAGGGAAUGUCUCAACUGAAGAAGAUAAUUGAGAUGAACAAAAGGCCCUAUUUUGCGAUAGUUGGCGGAGCUAAUCUCGCUGGGAAAGCAGCAGCCUUGCAAUUUUUGGCAUCUAGAUGUGACGGCUUAGUGUUUGUUGGAGAUGCUGCAUUUCAAAUAAUGCAUGCUUUUGGAUUAGCUGUUCCUAUGGUGUUGGUGGAACAAGAAUCACUAGAGGCAGCCCAUAUGCUAGUUGAGACUGCAAAGUCGAAGGGAGUACAACUCGUAUUACCAAAAGACUUUUGGUGCCUUAAUGAUCAUUAUCCGUCGCAGAUGAAGAUUUUUCCUGCUAAUCAUAUCAUGGAUGGAUGGAAACCUGUUGAUGUUGGACCCAACACAUUGGAGGAAAUGAUCUCCAUGCUUUCAAGAUGCAAGAAAAUUUUGUUCAUUGGAGCUGUAAAGUUCAGCUCAUCAAAUCAAGAAUCUGCUGGAGAGUCCAAAUUGGCUGCGAUGCUUUAUAAUCUUAGUCAAAAGAACUGUGAUGUUAUUGUGGUCGGCAAACAGGCAUGUGAGACAUUUGUUGGGAAAUCAAGCCAUGUAACAGUUGAUCUGAUUGAAAACGCUUCCAUUGUCUGGGAGUUUCUGAAAGGGAGAAAGCUUCAUGGGCUCUUGGCACUAGAUAGAGCAUACCCGUUUGAGUUGAAUUGGGAUGCUAUAUAUGCCAAUACGACCCUACCUCUUGUUGUUGACGUCGGAAGUGGCAACGGCUUAUUUCUCUCCAGAAUGGCAAAGAUGAGGAAGGAUUGGAACUUUCUCGGGAUGGAGAUAAAUGAAAAGUUGGUGAGCCGUUGUCUCGAUCAUGUUUCUCAAUCUGGCAUGACUAAUGGAUACUUCAUCGCAGCAAAUGCCACAUCAACAUUCCGGUCCAUUGUUUCCAGUUAUCCUGGUGAUCUGGUUCUUGUGUCAAUUCAGUGUCCAAAUCCAGAUUUCAACAAAACAGAACACCGAUGGAGGAUGGUGCAGAGAUCAUUAGUUGAAGCAUUAGCAGACUUGCUGGCUUCUGAUGGGAAGGUAUUUCUCCAAUCUGAUGUAAAAGAAGUUGUAGUGAGAAUGAGAGAAGAAUUUAUGAAAUAUGGCAAAGGCAAGCUCACAGUAAUGCAUGAUUUGGAAGAUAGCACAAGUCACCGAGAUGAGUGGUUGAAGGAAAAUCCUUUUGGCAUUCGAUCAGAUUGGGAGCAACAUGUUAUAGACCGUGGAGCUCCUAUGUACAGAUUACUGCUAUUGAAAUCUUCGCCUUCUGGUUGAGAUAAUUGCAACUGGUUGGAUCAUUCAAGAACAAAAUCAUUCUUAAAGCGAUACCUACAGACCAAACUGUGGUUGUGGCUACUCUGCUCCCUCCGAGAAGAGUACUGUUCAGAACUUCUGUCCAUUGUUGACAGUUAGCAUUUUGGUUACACAAACAGAUGGUCUCGUAGUCUGAACGGAGGGAGCGAUGAAAAGAGCUGGAGCUGAAAACAAGUACCAAAACUAACCACUGGCACCAAACUGAAAGUUCAGGUAGGGAAAUAGAGAGCAGUGGGAGAUUCAUUUCACCAUCUUCUUUUGUUAACAUGAUUGAGUUUAUUCUUGAUUCUUUCUGGAAGGGGAGCCUUGAAGUAACCGGUAAAGUUGUUGCCACGUGACCAGGAGAUCACAAGUACAAGCCGUAGACAGUGGCGGACCCAUGAUUUAGGCAUCGUGGUUGCUCGGGAGGUUGGAACACGUGUAUUGACACUCAAAGCUUUAAGAUUCUGCAUGGAAACCAAAGAACUCAACUAUCUAUUUGGUUUCGAGGGUGCUUUUUUCAUCUUAUACCGAUUUUUAUACAUUUUUUACAUAAUUAUACCUAUUCUACGUCGAGUUUAACGGGUGCCGGAGCCCCACCAGUUUGAACCUAGGUCCACCCCUGGGCAUGGAAACAACCCCUUGCAGAAUGUAGGUGAAGUUGCAAACAAUAGAUCCUUGUGGUUUGACCCUGUUGGAUCUCGCGCAUAGUGGGAGCUUUAGUGCACUGGGUCCUUCUUUUAGUUCAAACCAAUGUCGAGUUGUUUUUCAUAUGGUCACUCAAGUAACAAUUAUUAUCUCAGAAAGUCACUUUCUUUGUUGAAUAAAAUUGAAAUCAUAUAUAAUGCCACUUUUCUUAGCAAACAGCAUAGUGCCAAAGAAGAAUGCACAAAAAUCCUUUGAAGAU